AUGGGGAUCUUCAACAGAGGCAACCGCAAUAACGGGGUGAGGCUUGAAAACCGCCUCCGGGCAUCAUCCCUUCCUACUGGUGUCACGGCAUUCUACCGUGUGCUCGCUCCGAACACCCCUUCGCCCGCUCCGCCAAAUCCCAAGAAGGAUCCUCAAACGCCACAGAUAAGCCCACUGGAGAAACGGCUACAGGAUAUGGGCUCCAUCCGAGUCGAUGGAAGCGAUAAGUUCUUUGGCAUGGAAAAUGCUCAGUACGGAAACACAUGCUACUGCAAUUCGAUCCUCCAAUGUCUCUACUACUCUGUUCCUUUCCGCGAGGCCGUGAUCAAUUAUCCACAGCGAACGCCCGUGGAGAACAUCGAGGCCGCGCUCACCAAGAACCUACGAUACCCGAGCCCGAAUGCGCACCUGGAAGCUGAGGCGCAAGCAGCAAAGCAAAAGGCCGCUGCACCCUCAGCCCGUCAGGCGGGCGUACCCCCCAAUCAACCACAGAAACCCGAAGACAAGGAAUCGCCGGAAUACAAGAAGAAAAUCGCCUUGCAGACCCUCCCAAUCCUCGAGACGAAGAAUAACGCCGCCAGUUACGGCAUGUCGGAAUCAUUAUUUACUUCGCUCAAGGACAUAUUCGAAUCAUUGGUGGGUAGUCAAUCCAGGAUAGGAAUCAUCCGACCGCAGCAGUUUUUGGAUGUGCUACGCCGCGAGCACGAGAUGUUCCGAACCGCCAUGCACCAGGAUGCGCAUGAGUUUUUGAAUCUCCUUCUCAAUGAGGUCGUAUCGAAUGUCGAAGCCGAGGCGACCAAGCAGAGUUUCGCAGAGAAAGCGUUGCCAAGCGCCAGCGCAGAUUCGCUGGGCCUGACCGAAAGUGCUGGUUCGAAAUCACCAAACACUACCAGAUGGGUUCAUGAAUUGUUUGAGGGUAUCUUAACGUCGGAAACCAAAUGUUUGACCUGUGAGAAAGUUUCCCAGCGAGAUGAGGUGUUUUUGGAUCUUUCGGUGGAUCUGGAACAGCACUCGUCCGUGACAUCUUGCCUGCGGAAGUUUUCCGCCGAGGAAAUGCUUUGUGAGAGGAACAAGUUCCAUUGUGAUAACUGCGGCGGUCUCCAGGAAGCAGAGAAGCGAAUGAAGAUCAAGCGCCUGCCCCGUGUCUUGGCCUUGCAUCUCAAACGUUUCAAAUAUACCGAGGAUUUGCAGCGACUGCAAAAGCUGUUCCAUCGAGUCGUCUACCCUUAUCAUCUACGUCUGUUCAACACAACCGAUGAUGCUGAAGAUCCAGAUCGACUAUAUGAAUUGUACGCUGUUGUGGUUCAUAUCGGUGGAGGGCCGUACCAUGGCCACUACGUUGCGAUCAUCAAGACUGAAGAUCGUGGUUGGUUGCUGUUUGAUGAUGAAUUGGUCGAGCCCGUGGAUAAGAACUACGUCCGCAACUUUUUCGGCGAUCGCCCAGGUCUUGCCUGUGCCUAUGUCCUAUUUUACCAGGAGACAACCUUGGAAGCUGUUCUUCGAGAACAGGCCAAGGAGGAUCAGGCAUCCACUGCGGCAGCAGCUGAGGCGGGCGCACAAGCUAAUGGGUCUCUGACUCAUGUGCAAAGCGUGCCUGUGGAUGAUUCAAACCGACAAGUCCCGCUUAAUAGAAUAACAACGGCGCCUGGCCAAAUGCCCGUGCAUAUCGAAGUUCCAGAGGCUGAGCCAACAUCCCCUCUACAACCCGUUCAGCCACCUGACAUUCCGCCUCCACCGCCGAUCCCUACUGAGCAAGCCCCCAGUCUGAGUCCAAAGAAGAGCGAUGCCCAAAUCCGAAAGGAUAAGGUUCGCGAGGAAAAGGAGCUGCGCGCAGCGCAGAAAGCAGCUGAAAAGGCAGCCGAGAAAGCCGCCAAAGAUGAACGGGAAAAUAAAGAGAAGGCGGAGAGAAUCCAGCGCAAGGAACUCGAACAGCAACGGCAAGCCCAGAUAAAACAGGAGGCUGCCGAUCUUGAAAGGGCCCUCAAAGCGAGCAAGGAAGCCAGCAAGGUUGACACCCCUAAUGUUGGGCCUGAAAAUGGAUCACCUCGAGAUGGUUCCAAAUUUAGCAUUUUCAGACGUAGCAGUCGCAGUCUGAGCAGCAGCCUGAGCAACCGUCUGAGCAAGGACAAAGAGCCUCGAGUGUCGACCUCGACUGCGGAGACAGCUCCACCGCCAGUUCUUGAAGUACCAACUCAAGAAGAGGAAACGACUCGACCGCCCGUGCCUACAAAGGAUACGCCAGAUCUUUCCAGCUCGUACACAUCUACGCAACCAUUCCCAUCAAUUCCGGAAAAGCACGAUCCUUACUACUACCAGAACCAGACCCACCUUCCUCCCCUCUCUGUCUCUCCCACCACCAAUCAUUACCACAAUACCAACCAUCUCAAUAGCCCCAAUGGCAAUGGCAACGGUAAUAGCAACGGCAGCACGCACGGCACCGAGAAAUCCGGUGUUAGCCACACUCGAUGGAGAUCGUUCAGCUUCAAAAAAUCAGCAGCGUCAUGA